AUGGGCAUUUGUUGUUCGCAAUAAACAGGUGGAUUGAUUUAAAAUGUUGAUAUUCAACAAUAUGAACCAGAAUAGGUUCCUACGUUGGUUCCAUAAUAAAUAAACUUUGAGGAACACGAAGAAGAGAUAAUAACUAUCCAAAAAUCAAUAAGGAAGAAAAAAGCUAAAAAGGUUGCUGCUUAAAUGAAAGAAGAAGCUGAAAGAGAAAAACCAGGGGAGGCUUGGAUAAGUAGCAAGGAACCUAAGACUUUGGAGUAGAAUGUUUAGAUAACUUAUAAUAAGUUGGGUAAGUUUAAGUUUGAGAAGUAGUUGCCUCAAGAAUUUAAUGAAUGCCGAUUUUUUAUGGCUCAUGAACAUAAAAAAAACACUGGCAAUAUUUAUGUAGGGUAGUGGUUAUAGAGAUUGAGGCAUGGGAGAGGAAAAUAGUAUUUUGCUGAUGGCUCAAUUUAUGAAGGCUAUUGGAAGUUUGAUUAAGCAAAUGGGAGAGGCAGGAUUAUUCACUCAAAUGGUAACGCAUAUGAUGGGGAAUGGAAAAAUAAUUCCGCAAAUGGUUAUGGAAUAUUUUAUGAAUUUGACGGUUCUCAAUACUAAGGGGAAUGGUUGCUAGAUUAAAAGUAGCAUGGUUAAGGUAAAGAGAUUUUAAAUGAUGGCAGUGAAUUUGAAGGGAUAUUUAGAGAAGGAAAGAGAUGGGGAAAAGGUAUUGCCAAAUUCCCUAAUGGAGAUAUAUACAAUGGACAAUUUGAUAAUGACUAAAUUACAGGUUUUGGUGAAUUGAUUUUUGCUGAUGGAAGACGUUACAAAGGAUCUUUUAAAGAUGGAAAAAUGCAUGGCAAAGGUCAUUUUGUAUGGCUAGAUGGCAGAGAAUAUGAAGGUUAAUAUUACAAUGAUGUUAAACAUGGUGAGGGAGAAUUUAGAUGGACAGAGGGAUCAAAAUAUAUAGGACAGUUUCGAGAAGGAAAAUUACACGGCAAAGGCAUUUUUAUAGAUAAAAAUGGAUAGCAAUGUGGAAGUUAAUGGAGCGAAGGCAAGGAAAAAAGGUAAAAAAGUGAAUAGUGA